GGGAAACCAUUACCAGAAUUAGUAACCUUUUCGGCAGUCAAUACCAAAAAUACCAUACAACUGGGAAAAUAGAGUGCUUGUCGCAAUAAAAGUUCUUGCGGAACGUAUGAAAUAUACCUGCUCAUUUUAAUACAAUGAGUGCGGGAGUAUGUUCGGAAGCCCAUCGAAGCUUUUCUGUUGAAUCAGUACUUGGGGUAUAAGAAGAAAACUGAUCAAAGUUUAACGAGUGUUAAGGAAUUGAUGUAUAGAGUCGCUAUAGUGACUUUGUUUGUGACUGUUAUACUGUGGCUGUCAAUUUUUAUGUAUGUGGGCUUCUAUAAUAUUUAUAUGCCCAAUGUUACUCAUGUGCGGCCAGUGCAUUUUCAAUUCAAACCAUGUGAGGACAAGUCAGGGAUAUGCUCGUACCCAUACGCUUACGUGCAGCUGACAAAGGCUAGUAACAUCCUGAUGCCUAAGCAGCCAUACCGGAUCAAACUCGUUCUUGAGAUGCCCGAGUCUCAAGUCAAUAAGGACCUAGGAAUGUUCAUGGUUUGCGUACAGAUGCGCGCUAAGGGCGGUUAUCUUGUCAGCUCAUCAUGUAGGUCUGCUAUGAUCAGAUACAGAUCUCUACUGCAUCACAUAAUGAGGACGUUCGUACUGUCGCCGCUGUACCUCGGAGGCGUUGAUGAGGAGAAACAACAGCUCAGGGUAGAACUGUUCAGCGAUUUCGAAGAUGAUCCGGACAAACCCGCAACAGACGCAUACGUAGAACUGCAGUCACGUUUCGCUCAAGUGUACUCGAGCGAGCUGCAUGUACAAGCACAUUUCACUGGGUUACGUUACCUUAUGUUCAACUGGCCCAAGAUAUCUGCUAUAUUUGGUAUCUGCACAAACUUGUUCUUCGUGUCCCUAGUGUUUGUACUGAGCUGGUACCAUCUACAAGACGGCUUGCCCGACUUUAUCAAAAAUAAAUUUCGUUCUGAGAUAAAGACUGAAGACGACGACAAAGAUUUCAUUGGAAAAGUUAAAUUGGAGAGAGAAGAUUCUUCUUCAUAUUUCGAAGAGGAUGCUCUUUUAAAGGAAUUCCAACAAAUUGAAUCAAAGGAGGAAACCAAGAAGACUUAAAUGUGAUUACGAAAUUAUCUAUACAUUUUAUUUUUAAUUUGUUUUAAUUAUACAUGUUACUUAUAUUUUAAUCAAAUAAAUAUGUAAGAGAAUAACUGAGAACAUUUUUGGAAAAAAGUUAGUAGUACAAAUCGAAAUAUUUUUGAGCAACCAAUAUUUUUUUUGUGAUUAUAGUGCCAUUUUAAUUUCUGAUCCUGGAUUUUUUUAAUAAAACUUGCAUAUUUUAUUUUUUAUAUGCGAUUUAAGUACAAAGAAGCAUUUGUGAUUGCAUUUUUUUCUGUAUUUAAUUCAAGAAAUGUUCUCAGUUUUACUCUUUAAAAACUGUAGGUAACUACUUAGAUACCUUAAGAAAUGCUUUAGGCCUAGUUUUCGCUAAAGUGGAGAAGUUUUUCAACAACCAAUAGAAUUUGUUGUUUAAAUAUCUCGUCCUAUCCCAUUUAGUAGUAUUUCUGUGUGGAAAAAAUCUAUUCAUCAUCAUCAUCUCAGCCAUAGGACGUCCACUGCUGAACAUAGGCCUCCCCCUUAGAUCUCCACAGAUACCUGUUGGAGGCGACCUGCAUCCUGCGUCUUCCGGCGACCUUGAUAAGGUCGUCUGUCCACCUUGUUGGUGGACGAAAAAUCUAUUGGUUGUUUAAAAACUCUGCUUGGCUUUUAGGCCUAGAACUUUUCAAUCUGACAUUGGGCCAAGUAAUGUGUUGCCAGAUAUACCGAUUUUUUAGAAUUGAUGUUGUUAAGCUCUCUGAAAAAUAAAAAAAAUCUUACUUUUUUGUAGAAAUAGCAAAAGUGAAAAAUGUAACCUGGCAACACCAGAGAGGCGAUAGUAGUUUCAUAAAAUCACAUUAAUUUACGACGUUUUUUUGUUGAGUUGCUAUUGUUAGAGUUUAUUUAGGCUAUGUUAAAACAUAUCGAUAAGUUGUCGUAGUAGUUAUGUUACAAAAUAACCCAGUAAAUGUGCCCAGUAGAAAUGAAAGUUACGAAUUCAUGACGCCCUGCGUAAUAAACAAAAACUACUUAAAACUAUAUUGGAGUUUUCUAAGAAUAAGGGUAUGUUACAACAAAAAUAUUUAAACUUUGCAAACAUCUACAUAAAAACAACUGAACCAAUUUAGAUGAAUUUUCGUACAGAGAUAGCUAAAGCUUGGGACUGGACUAUUAAAAUUUGGAUAUAAUCCUUGAAGAGUUCUAUUAGGAUGAGAGUGUGACUGAAUUUGCACCUAACUAUUUACGUAUGUAAAAAGUAAUUACUGUCUAUCACAAAAUAAGAUAUUGAAGUUUCCGAAUCAUGUACCUACUUAAAAAAGUUUUAAAUAUUACCUUUAUAUGCCUAUAAUAAUUAGGUAAAAAUCUGUCUUAAUAUACCUUCACCAAAUACCUACAGCUUAUUGCAAGUAAUAGUAAUUUAAUAUGUAUUUUAAUAAUGUGACUGAACUUAAAAAUAAUAAUAUUGUAUCUAUGUUAGUGCCUUCGGAAAGUAGCGAAUUUUCAUGACUUUUCCUUUCCGCUUUCGAUGUUGUACUUAUUUAUAAGUAAAGAUAUUAUGGAAGGAAUUUUAUGUGAUACAAGAUGUUGCAAUUAAAAAAAAUAUCGAUGUCUGUUGGUAUAAUGUUUAUUGUAAGCUUUAUGUACGUUUUACUUAAAAAGACAAUCUUAUGAUGUGUUAAAUUCUGAUUAAAAAUGCCCUGACAUUUAAUUAUUUAAUCAACACACAGUAUAAUAGCUACUUAUAAAAUAAUGGUUGAUUUUUCUUUUAGGGUACCAAAGAAAAUGUUAGCUAUUAAAACAUAUUGCUUUUAAAUUUUAUAUUCUAUUUUAUUAUGAACGAUAAAGUAGCUUAUAAAAUAUUCGAUUUGGCUCAAGUAUAUUUAUUUAGCAAAAAAUUUUACAUACUAAAUAAGCAAUAUACAGACAGACAUAAAAAUAAUAUGUGUAUAUAAAAUACCAGGGAGAUCUAUAAAUGUAUUGAAUGCAUGAUAUUUAUGAAGAUUAUAAUGUGAUAAAUAUUUUUUACUUUGGAAUUAGAAAAUAAAUAUUGAUGUUGUCUAAA